CGUAAGUCAGCAGCUGGGCCUCAGGUGCGGUCUUGGCAGGUGAGGCCCAAAGCCAGCUCUGUGAGCCCACAGACCCGUAGUGGGAUGCGGGGCCAUGGCUGCAGCGGCCAGGCCCAGUGCUGAAUCCCAGGGCGCUGACAUGAGCGCCCAGCGGCCCGCGGGAAGAGCCCUCGGGGGACUGCUGAGGGGGAUCCAGAGCUCAGUGCUCAGAGUGUCCCAGGUGGUGCUCCGGGCCAUCACCGCACACAAGGGGCUGACUCUGACUGCCCUCAGGAAGGAGCUGGCCAAGGCGGGCUACGAAGUGCGCAGGCAGGUCAGCAGCCACUCGGGCGGAGCGCCCAGGCCCGAGGGCAGGGGCGUGUUCCUGCGGGUCAGCAGCAGCAACUCGGUUGAGUGCUUCAGGGUCUGGAGGACUCCGAAGCCAAGGAGAAAGCCCGGACGCCCGAGGCUGGAGGAGGGCGGCAGCUCUUCGAGGAGGAGCCCGCCCAGGCUCCGGAAGCGGCGGAGGCGCCUCACGCGUCGCCAGGCGGCGAGCAAUGCCAGGGAGGAGUGGAGACGCAACGCGUGGCUGAAGGCGAGGCCUCCGGCCAGGGCCAGGGGGAGGAGGCCCAAGGCCCCAAGACGCGCUUCGAAGGGAGACUCCAGGCCUGAGCCCAGAGGCCAGAAGAGGUCAAGCUCGAAGCUCAGGCAAGAGAAGAAGCAGGAACCCAAGAAGCAGGCACAAUGGGCCAUCCAGAGGCCAACAGCGGAUAAAGCCGACCGGCCUUGCAGCGGGCCCCGGGAAGGCACACACCAAGACCUCCACUAAAUCCCAAGGUCCCCGGAAUGCAGCCGGGAGCCCAUGGUGGGAGAGCGGAUUCAGGUCCUCGGGGCGCUGAUGCCUUUCCCCCAUGGACCGCUGAGAAAGCAGCUCUCCCUCUCAAUGAAGCUGUUUACA